CCGUCUGCAAUUUCCUGAUGUUUUGUAAACAGUAUUUGUUUUUUUUUAGUAUGAUUUGGUUGGUUAUCUAUUAUUAGUGUGUUAUCCUUUCAGCGAUAUGUGGUUAUUAUGCAAUUAUAUUUUGCUGAUUUAACAUUUUAACGAUUUUCAUUAGGUAGAUAUUAAAAUAAUGGUUAUGUUGCCAGUUAUUUACUUCAUGUAAUGUACAUUAAUUCUUGGCUGAUGUUUAAGUAAAGAUUUCGAGUUCUAAGUACAUUGCUAUUACAGUCUAAUUUUAUUUUUUUAACACUAUGACUCUGUUUUUGCCGUUUGUUCGUAUAACAUUUUUAAGUUGUAGGUGUGGGCCAAUAUCAAGAUGCUCCUUACGAGCAUCAAGGGCUUUAUCGGGUUGGUUAUAUUCUCCUUCAAGAUCUUUCGGUAGUGAUAAAAAUAAUGAAAAAUCGCUCUCUAAAGUCAAGUCUCGUUCGGAAGUUGGUACUGCAACUACGCUGGAACAAGUGAAAGAGACGACAAAGACUGCGUCCUACUGGGGCAUCUUCCUGGCCGGGUUCGGGCUGACCGGCGUGCUGUUCUACGCCGUGUUCAACGAGCUGUUCUCGAGCAAGAGCCCCAGCAGCGUGUACGGAGGCGCGCUGAAGCGGUGCUCCCACGACCCCCGCAUCAUAGACGCCCUGGGCGAGCCGCUCCGGGGCUUCGGAGAGGAGACGCGCAGAGGCCGGAGAAGACACGUCAGCCAUUUGUUUUAUGAGCGGGAUGGAAUCAACUAUCUCAGGAUGAAGUUUUACAUUCAAGGCAGUAGAAGAAAAGGCACUGUACAUUUAGAAAUGAGAGAGAAUGAAAAAAAUAAAUUUGAGUACAGGUACCUGUUUGUGCAACUAGAAGAGUAUCCCAGGGACAUAAUCGUCUUAGAAGACAACAGAUAUGAUCAUCCAAGUCCAGCAGACAACAGCAAAAUAUUUGAUACGUUAUAAUAAAACUUGUUCUAAAUGAGAACCAUUACCUGACUGUUUGAAAGUGUAUUUUGUGUGGUUGAAAUGUGAAAGCAUGGUUUUUCAUGGAAGUAUUUCUGUAUUACAAAUUUUUUUUUUCAAUUGAAGCAAAAAUAAUAAGCAUAAAACCAGAAUUAAGCUUUCCGAAACUCAGCCUCAGCUGCCUUUAAUUUGUUUAUAAUUCCUUACUUCUAAGAAGAAAUAUUUUGAAAAUGAGAAAAUAGAUAGGCUUGCAUGCACAGGCAUGAAUUGAAGCAAUAUAAAGUAUUACCACAUUUACUCGCAUAAUCGUCGCAGCAAUUUUACCAAAUUUUAUGAAAAAAAAAGUGAGGUGCGACCAAUAUGUGAGGAAAAAUUAAAAAAAAAAAAAUUUGAAGUAAAAUUUUUUAGUAAAUCGCUUUAAAAUGCUAAAUUAAAGAAGUUAAUAUCUAGGUACAUGGUACCUAUACGUAAUAUUUAAUUACAAUACGUGCAAAAUAAACAAAACAACUUUUGGUUACAAGAAGUUUGGCAAAAUAAAAAUAUAGUAUGAACACAAAAUUGUGAUAAAAUCAAUAAACAAAAUACAUUUAUAAAACACAUUCAGUCUCAACACUCACCAAGUUUAUCUAUUUAUUGUCUGAACUAGAUUCUGAUGCAUCAGAUUCAUUUGCUGGGACGUCAACGUCAUCUUAGUCGCCGCUGUCGUCAUGUGUUAUCCAAGUUGUCUGUUGUUUUCGCCAGUCACGAACAAGUUUUUCAAUUACUGAUUUCCGUGCUUCUGCAAAAACGAUUACGCGAAACUUGAAAGCGGCAGUAUACAAAUUGUAUUUACCCUUAUUUUUACAAAAUGAACUUUCUCAAACUCUGCAAUUACCGGUACUUUCCACUCCAAUGCAAACGAGAUAAAACAAUGGCAUCACAGCAUCUUAUCUUCCACACACAUUCCUUCCUCCCACACGGCCAAUUAGGACAUGCCGCUCAAGAUUGGACCAAUGAUAAGCGCCACACGCCACGUGAAAGCAGGCUGUUCCAUUGUGUUUACGGCUAUUCCGAUCGCGCCACACGCCACAUGAAAGCAGGCUGUUCCUUUGUGUUUAUGGCUGUUGCAUUCGCGCGUCGCGCCUCGCGCCUCAGUUGCCGUCAAUAAAUAAGGGUGCGGCGAUUAUGAGGAAAAUCUUAAAUACCAAAUUCAUUACCUCGAACAAUAGGUGCGACGAUUAUUCGAGUAAAUACGGUAAUCUGUUUGAUUGGUCUGCAAAGUUUUUUGCUCACGUUUGCUUUGCUUGAUUGUGCAAGCCAGCCUUUGCCUUAUUGUCAGUCAGAAAAUUCGGAUUUCUCGCACGUGGGGAAAUUUGUUGGACGUUGCAAUCGCCUGUGGGUUUUCUCAGGGUGCUCCUGUUUUCCCCACCACUUCAUUCCAUCUCUGCCCCAUAGCCGUCUCACUUCGCACACUCUCCAGGCUGGCCAUUACGACAGGUCUGUCCCUCAGGUAGGGCAUUCCAUCCAUGCAGACCCUGCCUCGGGCGGGAAACUACAUGACAACUUUCAUGUUCACUCUGUGACUCUCCGAACCAGUUGAUUAGCUAUCACAUUUAAAUUAUGAUCAUAUUUGUAAUUUUUUGGCAGUUUGCAGUUAACUUUUAAUACAUGUAUAUAACUGGUGAAAUAUUUUGCAUUCAUUUCAUAAAAUAAAAUUCAUAAUAAUCUAGGGGUUACAGUGUUUUAUCGCAUAAUCUAUACACAUUUUUUUUUACUAAAAUCAAGUUUGAAAAGUAGGGGUGCGAUUUUUAUGCGAAAAAAAGCAUUGUUUGUUCGGUAAAGUUAUUCAUAAAAACAAACUUGUUCAUGGAAAGUACAUUUAUUUAAAAAGUAGAAUAUUCAAAAGCACGCACACAUUUUAAAUUAUAACCAUUUGUUCAACUUUAAUUCGAAAAAUGAAAACUGUGACUCGAAUGUAAGCUGGAAUGAAUGUAUAACUAUUGUAGUAAUACACACCUUGAAAGAUUGUGGGCUAUCAAAUGCAGUUAACUAGGCGCUGGACAGCGUGUGCGCAUUGCACCCAGUCGGCAAGCUAUUGGUAUCUAUAUUUGACUACGUGUGCGUGCUCUAUACAGGAAACAACAUAACUAAACAUGAAUGAUGCCAACCAGCAAUGGCUACAUUUCUAUAAGCGAUACACAAUGACGACUAAGUUGGUAGAUAAAAGUUAAAAUGUUUGAAAAGUCUUUAAAAGAAUAUUUACAUAUCAGACAACUUUUUUUUCUGUUAAUUGAAUAAGUAAGCAGUAAUAACCGAAUGAAUAAAAUUUCAAUUUUAAAAUAAUCCUUUUAUAUGGAAAAACUACCUACACAAAGCGCUUGGAAUCUAACAGCAAGAUCAAAAACAUCAUGCGACGUUUAUGCCACAAUCUUUCUCAAAAUUGCGAUUUCUCAACAUUGCGAUGAUUAUGCGAUGAAACACGGUAAUUCUUUAAUUAUUGUGAUGUGUAGAGAAUUUCUUAAAACCAUUCAAAUUGGAUGGCUUCUUUGAUUCUAAAAAAUAUGACAUUUAAUUUAGCUCCAUCAUCAUGUUUUAAGGUUAGUUUUAUGUCCAAACGUAGUUAUUUCUAUUGUUUCAGUUUUUUUUCUUAUAUAUGCUGAUAAGCAAGUGUCUUAUGAACUUAAAAAAAAAAUGGCUGUCACCAAGUUGAGGUACAUAAUUUUGUAAACAUAUGUGAUAAUCCAAUUCCAUCAUUUUUUUUUAGUUAAAUUUCUUUCAGAUUUAUUUAAUUUCAGUUAAAAAAAUUAUAUUUAUUACAGUUUUAAAGUGCUAUUGAGUUCAACACCUGUAAGUUGGUGUAUAUCCUGGUUUAUCAAAUUUCAACACCAGUAAGUUGGAGUUUUUAAUUGUUCAUUAAAGCCAAGUUUUUUUUCAAGCCAAAUUUUGAAAACAGAUUCUGAAACCAAGCUAAUAUCUCUUCAAAAAAAAAAAAAGUAACAUGAGACUGAAGACAAACAUGGUAGUGAAAUGCAUGUUUGACAAUAAGAAAAUAAUCAAAUUUUCAGGUUGUGGAAAUGUAUCCAGUUAUAUGAUUGUCAUAGCAAGGUGCUUAUUUUUUAAAGGGUUCUGGCGAAAACUAUAGUGUAUAGUUUUAAUGGUAUAUAAGGCUUUGUGGAUUGACUAAUAACUUGUAAUAGUUUUUAUUGUUAGAUUUCCAUAUUAUUAGUACCUAAAAGUUUUAAUUAUUAUCUUUGAAUUAUAAUGUACUUAUAAUUUAUUUUGUACUGUAGUUCAGUCAUGUUAAAAUGAAAUGUUUCUUUUUGAAAUUGUAAAUUUUUUUUUGUGACUUUUAAUUUUUAUAUUUUAAUUUUUACUGAUAUCAGAGAGUGGAUUGUGGUUUUUGCAAAACAUGUUGAUUUACUUUAAAACUCAAUAUUAGCAUGUUAUUUUGUUUUGGCCUGCAUUUUGAAAGAAUUAUUUUUCAAAAUAUUUUUGUUUGAAGCUUUAAAAUUUAAAGAAAAAAAAUCAAUAUUAAAAUUUAAAGAAAUGUUUAAGUACAUACUUCUGGUUUCUUUUGGCAAAAAAAUGAAUGUGAGCUAUAUUGGUAAAAGUUUUCUUUUCUUUGGAUGUUACCCAAAUAAAGUAUAUAAUGAGAGAGGUUGUUCAAGUUUUCAUCUAUCUUAUUUUAAGACUGAGAUUAGUAAUGCAAUUUAUUGUUAUUUAAUAUUAAAUAUCUUUGUAUUUUCAAGAAUGAACAGAACUUGAUGCAAUAAGUGAUAGCAGUUGUAAUAUAAGUGUGUAGUUAUAUUUUUGGGAAACAUAUACCUGAUUGUUAGUAACCAAACUUGUAUUUUUUGUACUGGGAAAAUUAGUUUUUAUUUAAAGAAAUUUAUUAAACUAAAAAUUGCUUUACUCGUGUGCUGAAACAUCUGACCAAAUAUGUUUUGGGACAUGUACUGUCUAGGGUGUACAUAAAUAAAAUGUCGGCACAAUUUAUUUUGUUGGUUUUGUUUUAAAUAAACUGCCAUUUAUUAAAUGUAUUUUACCAAAAUGAAUUCAGUGCAUUGAAAAUAAUUAUUUGUGAAAAAAAUAUAAUGCAUGCAUAUUGUACCAUUAUGUAAAUUUGUGGGUAAUUCAUGUUUCAUGUCCCAAAUCAUUUAUAACUUAGAACCAGCAUAUUAAAUAUUAACUUUGUGUUCUGUUAAUUUUGCUGAUCUACUUUUACUUAGAUUUAUUGACUAUACACUGUUUUCUAUACAAAUUAUGGUGAAGACUGAUGAUUACAUAAAUAAGUAGCAGUGGAAUAUUGUACUCUUUAAUGAAAUAAAAAGCUUUUCCUGUAGUUAGUAACAUUAAAAA